GUCCCCUCGCACUCUUUCUCUUUUUCUUUCUCUCUCUCACUCACACUUAUUCCUAUUCUUACUCUGGAUCCCAGUUGGAUCUUACUUGUCUUGGCGGCGGCAUUUACUGGUAGCUUGGGAAAUCCACAGCUACAAGUGGAUUGUUUCAAUGAUAUUAUAAACGGGACGGAAAGCGAUAAAAAAAGAUAGGGAUAAUUCAACAGAAUCAAAGAAUAUUUACGUAUAUAUAAAAAUAGAUAAAAACAUUUAUAUAUAAUCAUCUUUGAAGUUUGUGAAAAUAUUAAACUAACUGAGAGUACGUAAACUGUAGUAAGAUCGGGUGGCAAUCCUAAAACUGCUAACAGCCGUUACGCAUUCAUACAUAUCCACUUCGACAGGUACAUUGUUCAGGGUAAUUAUUUUUUGACAAACAGAAAGGAAAUUAUUUUGUUGGAAGAUAUCAGUUAUACUGGACAAACAAGAUAGAUCCAGUGGCACUAGAUAAGAUAUAGUAUAAAUACUAUUUUGCGAGGGAGACAUCAAAUUGUUGAAAAUUUUUCGUCAUACCGGGAAGCUUUUCUGUUGUAAUUGGAGAUAACAUUUGUCUGAUAGCAUCUUUUACAAGGAAUUUUGGUGACACUGUAUUGAUACUUAACGGCUUCUAAGUAACGCAACAUCUACUGCGAGACAAAAUUACUGUGUAAUUUGUACAUACUCACAUAUUAAGGUGUACAAUUUCCCUCGGAUCUUGGAUUUUACUUUAAAAAGCUCUCCAAAAGAAUAUAAGUGUUUCUGAAGUAUCUUUGAAUUCAUCAAAAUGUCGACACGAAUUCCUAUUUUCAAAGACGAUCUAAGCUUUGAAGAUCGUCAAUCUAAAGUUUGGGAAGACAUGACCAGAGAUAUGGACAGACGCCGCCGAGAAUGGGAAAAUGAAAUUGAAAAUGUUCGCAAGGGUUUCUUCUCUUUAAAACCCAAUGGUAAGUUUGAUAACAUCGCAAGUCGAUUAGGAGAUGUUGAUUUUGGAGUUGGGAGCAGUAUUGCUUCCGGCAUAAAACCAGGUGUAUGCGGAGACUUUGACGAUGCUACAGGUAUUAUUGAGAAAGAUGCUAACGGGAGACCUGUCUUCAAAGUACGCUUUGAUGUCCGAGAUUUCAAACCAGAAGAAGUCAAUGUCAAAAUGGACGUCGAUAAAAUGCAAGUCCAUGCUAAACAUGAAUCGAAGACAGGAGGGUCUUCAGUGUCUCGCGAGUACUCUCGAUCUGUAAAUAUACCCAAAGAUAUCGACCCAAUGAAUCUACAAUGCACGAUGUCGAAUGACGGUAUAUUGAGUAUCGAAGCACCAUUACCUCUACCCGAAUAUGCAGCCCUAAACGACUCGCCAAGCAGAGGAUCGAUUGGUAGUGCUAUGUCGCCACCGCCGAACUCGGCCGCUCACUCGACAUCGAUCAACAACAGCGCCACACGUCCAGUCAUUGAAGAAAAAAAAUAUAAAGAUGAAAUCGAUAUUGAAGAUUAUAACCCGGAAGAGAUCACUGUUAAGACACUAGACAAGAAGUUGGUAAUAACUGCUCGUCGAGAGGAGAAAAUCGGUAACCGCACUACAACUAAAAACAUGAGCAAAGAAUCUACCAUACCUGACAAUGUCGAUCCGCUCUCUGUAAAAGCGUUCUUUGCUGAAAACGGUCGUCUGCUUAUAGAAGCUGUCUAUAAAUCUGAUCCUCGCUGCGGAAGUCCCCUUACUCGUACAGAUACCCACCACACAUGAUUGCCACUAUAAACAGUUCACAUGUGUUUCAAUCGACAAUUAUGUAUUAAAAUUUAAAAAAAAAAAGAUGGUAAAAAAUGGUAAGCAAAAAUAAAUCAAGAAGAAACGGAAUCGUAAUAUUGUUUCUGUCAAAUAAUGAUUUUUUUUUUAACGACAUGACGGCCGCUCUCUGCUCGACUGGAAGACAAUUUUUGUUGCCGUCCAUUAAUUUUUUUAAAAUUUAUUUAUUUCUUUAUCUCUUCUAUCGAAGCUGAUGAAUAUUUGUUGUAUUUUUGUUCCACAGAAAUUAUAUGCAACCGAACCCUCUUUUUUUCGUUUUUUCUUUUCUUCUUAUUUGAGCCCUGAGUCUUAAUAUUACCAUUACCAUGAUUAUUAUUAUUAUUAUUAUUAUUAUUAUUAUUAUUAUUAUUAUUAUUAUUAUUAGAUUUAUCAUUAUUUAUAACUGUCGAUAUCAUAUAUAUUAUUUUCUUAUUCUUAUUACUAAUUUUAUUCUUAAUAUCUAUUGCCAUUAGUAUACUAGCCUUGUGCCUGUGUAAGAAAUUGUUUAUUGUUAUCAUUAUUAUUAUUAUUAUUAUUAUUAUUAUUAUUAUUAUUAUUAUUAUUAUUAUUAUUAUUAUUACAAUAAAGGAAUAAUAACUGACUUUUU